AUGGCGGGGACCUUCGCUGUAAUCUUUGAUACGCCUAUCUGCAAGCUCAAUCGGAAGUUCGGACCGAACAAUCACGAUUCCUGCGGGGAGUGCGGGUGGCAAGUGAGAUGGGCAUUCGGUGUUCCUGGUGCGCCCGGGAUCAUACCUGAGGAAUGCAGUGCCGAGAACAACAGCGUCACCAUCGCCUGGCAACCGCACUCACAGAGCUACGUCGAAGGCAACGUGCUGGAGAUCGACGAUGGAAACAACGGACCAUACCGGGUUGUGUACUGCGGUAAGGAGACGAUCUGUACUAUCGACGGACUACAUUUCAACUCGAUGUACAACGCGCGAGUGAAGUCGUACAACUCUGCCGGCGAGGGCCCGUACAGCGAGUGCAUCGCACUGCAGACUGCUGAAGUCGCCUGGUUCAUGCUGGACGUCACCGACUCACAUCCGGACCUGGUGUUCAGCAACGACAAUCAGACGGUGACGUGCAACAGCUACGACGACCGCGUCGUACUCGGUAACAUCGGCUUCUCGAAGGGCGUCCACUACUGGGAGGUGACCAUCGACCGCUACGACAACCAUCCCGAUCCAGCCUUCGGCGUGGCGCGGUUCGACGUCACCAAGGACGCCAUGUUAGGCAAAGACGACAAGGGCUGGUCGAUGUACAUCGACAGCAAGCGCAGCUGGUUCAUCCACAACAACCAGCACUCGGCGCGCACGGACGGCGGCGUCGACAGUGGCGCCGGCUGCGUCGUCGGCGUGCUGCUCGACCUUGAGCGACACACGCUCGCCUUCUACGUCAAUGACGAGCCGCACGGACCGGUCGCCUUCUCCGACCUGCACGGCGUCUUCUACCCGGCGAUCUCGCUCAACCGCAACGUCACGAUGACGAUGCACACGGGCCUUGACCCGCCGACCGACACUGAGGGAUCGGAGAGCUCUGGGAUCUCGACGAUGCAGUAGUGGCGCCCCCUACCUUUGCGCGCGCACCGUUACGCGGAACUGACCCCCUCCUCCGGUCGUGACCUUAUUAGGGACGUUGACGCGAAGGAUUGUGACGGACAGUCCGGGGUCGGUUCGCGUGGGCGGAGAUGACGCGAGUUAGGCGCCCCCUGGCGGGCGGCGGCUCGGUGAGCAUUCUCGUGGCACGAGCGAGAGCAAAGGUGAGGGAGGAAGGUGUAAUUACCCGUCGUAUAUAUAAUGGAUGAGUCAGGCAAAAUGCAAAUCAAACUAUGUAUUCUACGCGAAUCACGGUGGUCGAGCGGGCGCGCGCGUGAGCACAGGUGCUCGCUGAUGACCUUUUGCUGACCUUUCACUGAGGUCACGAGAAGCAAUCGGUUGGGCAGCGAUCCGAUUCGACUGAGCGAGAUUCUACUUGUAUUGCGUAAGAUCUCAAGUUCACACGGCCGACUGCUGGCGAGUCAAUGACGUCAUUUUGUCACCCUGGCCGACGGGGCUGAAUCGUAUGUAGUUAUUUAUAGAAGAUACGUGGGCCCGGGGAUGGGGUGGGGGUGAAGGGGGGUCUUAGUAAGGGAGAUGCGGUAUUCGUACAGUGAAGAGUCAGCGUCUUUCACUGCCGAAAUAAUGUGGGCUCUACACCGGUGGUUCUGUCGAUGCCUGCAGAUAGAUAGAUAUAGGUCGACAUCUGUGUGUCGUUUAAGAUGGACGGAUGAAAACUUGUGUGUGACAUUCGUUCGCGUUUCCGUUGAAUCUCGGCGCACGUUUUUCGUCACGAGCCAAGCGCUCAUAAUUAUUCCCACUGCCACCAACAAUGGCCAAAGUUCGAACGCGCUGACGUGACCCACGGGAGUAGGAUUUUGGCAGUACGCUAAGACGCAGCGAACGCUUGUCGCCACCUCACUUGUAAACUUGUACAUAUUUGUCGGAAAUGUUGCGCGUGCGGCGGGCGCGUCAGACCCCCACGCGAGGGGAGAUUUUACGAUAUUUUCUGUAGCGUGUACAUGCCUAGUUUAUGUUCGACCACACUUAAUUCGAAGGGAGUUCGUUUUGCGCCGUAGCGACAGGCAUUUUACAUAUACGAUAAUGCACUUGCGCGCUCUUUACUCUACGGUUUACAUAUUAUUACUGUAGGCACACUUAUAGCAUGCGCAGGUGUUGUUGUGUUGUUAUUUUGAUGUUGUGAGAAGUGUGGCCCGCGCUAUUGCUCGCUGUUGCGCGCGCCACCUGGCGGUGGCUUAGUGGGCGCCUCAUCUGUUAAGGGUUUUAACAGCCUCGACAGCUGAUGGCAAUAUCUCACUGCGGGACUGCUAACAGCAGCGUUUGUACAUCUCUCUUGUUUGCAUCUACGCGCGUCGGCCGCAUAGUAAGAUGCAUUUAACUUUAUGAAUUUAAGUAGAACUAUCUCUGCCUCGGGAGCCCCGUGGGAAAGUGGGCGGGGAAGGGACGGGUAGGGCACAGCCAAUUCUCGUGCGGGCGAGUACUAAAUACAGCAAUAAGAUGACGACGACGACGUGUGCCGUACUCCCUGCGUGUGUGUGUUUAACUGAUUUAAGGUGUUUUGUGUAGAAUUAAGUUAAUCACGUAACAAGGCAAAACAGGGCACAGACUCGCUCUCUCUCUUUCUUUCUCCCUCUCUCUCUCUCUUUCUUUCUCUCUCUCUCUCUCUUUCUUUCUCUCUCUCUCUCUCUCUUUCUCUCUCUCUCACUCACUCACUCUCGCACUCCGUCUGUUCCCAUCUUUCACUACCGUUAUCUAUCUCGUUCGCUCUCUUCCCCUCUCUGUGUAUCCCUCCCUUUGCGUCGCUGAGCAGAUAUUUUUGCCGAAGCAGAAUUUAUGACGAUGCCUCGUAUUGCGCGAUUGUGCCAGCCACCUACGGUUCUUCAUCGCUGGUGGCAAGUGAACGCCCUCGUGUGGCUUGUGACGUAACCCCAGUUAUUUUCGAAACGAAAUGUUUGUUUUUUUGGUUUAGCGGGCACAAGCGCUAUUCUGUUGGUAUUUUUCACUCCAAUGAAAAUUAACAGGGGCGAAAACACUGCCGGCAUCUGAGAGCUCUGCAGCUUCCCUGUGCUGUCGUUAGAAGAUAAUUUCAGCGUUCUUUACUGGUAUUAUUAUUGGCUUAUGUAGCGGUCCCUGCUGGUAUAAUUCCCCUUUUAGUCCCCUGGCUAUUAUUUCUUAGCUACAAUCAGUAAUGCGCUUGCCAGAGCCCUCUCCAGCGCUCCAUGCUGCCAUACAGAGCCUUGUUGAGUAAUUUAAUCUGUCCGGAAUAGAUACAACAGUGUAGUUGUACGAUCUACCUCAUAGUCAGUCCUUGCGAAAAAAUCAAAUACAACACAAAUUGAAACGACCGUUUUUAUGCGUCAAUCAAAACACUGAUACACCCGGUACAGCUAGCCUGCAUGCAUGUUUUAUUGGUGCGCCGACUAAUGCAAUAUUCGGUUGAUUAGUAUUGCCUAUACUCGCGUAUUUCAUAGUCGUCUUAAAAUACGUGAAGCGUUUUUAGUUGGGAGCUCCUGAGCAGAGUUUGUUUCACAUGUGUCAGAGAAGUUGUGUCUGAUGAAAGUCGAGUUUUUUUCAUUUUCGUCUUAAGUGAAGCAAUUAUUACAUUGAAACGGUUGUCACGUGAUUUAUUUUUAUUUUCAUGUAAUAAUCUCGUGUAAGAGAAAUGUUUAGUUUUUGAAACCUGUCGUGAAGUCAUCAUAUAUUUAUGUUCCGCUGUAUAUUUAUUCUCUCGUAUAAUCUUAUAAAACGAUUUAAGCAAAGGAAUCGAUUUCCUUUCAUGAGCUUAAACUCUAACGAUGGGAAAACGUACCGAAAACGGGACUUUUCCUGUAAAUCACGCAAUUCGACGUAUAGUUAUUUUAAUAACCGAACUGCUCUUCGGUUAGACCACAAUGAACGAUGUGUUUAUUUCUUACUUUGGUAGCAUAUAGGUGGCGCCAUAUUUGCGUCUGCGGCCGGUUUCCUAGUAUUGGAUAUGGUUGGUAAAGGUACAUAAUUAUGUCCUGGUGCACUGACUACCAACAUCAUACGUGCUAUUAUGCACCCGGGGUAUUUUUGUUGGAAACCAGUGUUGUUCUUAUUCUUGGUUAGUUUACGAAUUUGGAGAGAGAUCCGCGUUUCCUGUUGUGGAGCUCAUGCAAAUCAUUCAAAAGUUAUUUUAUUGGUUCAUGCCAACCGCCCGUUGUUGUUGUUUUUCGGUACUGUUUCAAUUUAGGAUAAGACUAUUGUAACCUUCUAUAUAGUUGUUAUAUUUUUUCAGUCGCUAUGUAACCGAUUUCUGUUUGCCUCAUUAUUUCCUCGUCUAGAAAAAAUUCGCCUUUGUUCGUAAAGAUCUUUCGCCCACUCAUUGGCUUGCAAAUCAAUGCUUUAAUUAGUUUUAAUGUGUAUAAAUAUUAGCACAUAUAAAGAACGAAUGUGCCGUUUACGAUCGUAUUAAGUGUUGUUGUUCAGAGUCACUACAAAACUGUAGUUUUUUCACCGACAUUUUACAGCUACUCAUCAUCUAUUUUUCUGCAAACUAAAAAAAUAAAAUGAAGAAAGAUUCACGCAAUUUUAUGGUUGAGAAAAUCAAAACCACCAAUUUGCUUGUUCCUGUCCUGUCCAACAUGUAUAUAUCAACAAUUCUGAAUAAAAUUGGAGUGAGUUUUAA